AUCUCUACCCUUGUAAUAUUGCCAAUGUUUAUCCUACCCUAAUAAUCCCCUCACCCUUCCAUCCCUCUCUCUCUCACUCUGUUCUUCCUGCUGCUCUUCCUCAACUCUCAUCAAUGGGGAAAGUAAAAGGAAAGCAUAGAUUAGACAAAUUCUACCAUUUAGCCAAAGAACAAGGCUACAGAUCACGAGCAGCCUUCAAGCUAAUCCAACUCGACGCUAAAUACUCUCUUCUCCACGCUUCUCGCUCAGUUCUCGACCUUUGCGCUGCACCAGGUGGUUGGAUGCAAGUCGCCGUCAAUCGGGUCCCUGUUGGUUCCCUUGUUGUCGGCAUUGACCUCUUUCCGAUUCGUCCCAUUCGCGGUUGUAUCUCCGUUGAAGAAGACAUUACCAAACCCAAGUGUCGUUCCACAAUCAAGAAAUUGCUUGCUGAAAAUGGGUUUAAGGCUUUUGAUCUUGUGCUUCAUGAUGGUUCCCCUAAUGUUGGUGGUGCUUGGGCUCAGGAAGCUACUAGUCAGAAUGCUUUGGUUAUCGAUUCGAUUAAGCUUGCUACUGACUUCUUGGCUCCAAAGGGUACUUUUGUUACUAAGGUUUUCAGAUCACAGGAUUACAAUGCCGUGCACUACUGUCUUAGGCAGUUAUUUGAAAAGGUGGAGGUAACUAAACCUGUUGCCAGUCGUUCAACAUCUGCAGAAAUUUAUGUUAUUGGUCUCAAGUACAAGGCUCCAGCAAAAAUUGACCCUCGCCUUCUAGAUAUCAAGCAUUUAUUUCAGGGAGCUAUUGAACCAUCAAAGGCGUAUGAUAUAUUCGAAACAAAGCAAAAGAGAAACCGUGAGGGGUAUGAUGAUGAUGUAUCCCUAGUGAGAAAGGUCUGCCCUGCUGUUGAAUUUGUGUGGUCAUCAGAUGAUCCUGUUGAAACUCUUGGCAAAGUAACAUCCAUCAGCUUUGGUGAUGAUUCUAGUUUGCCUUUGAAGGAGCAUCCUUCGACGACUGAGGAGGUUAUAACCCUAUGUGAAGACCUGCGUGUUUUGGGGAAGCAAGAUUUCAAGCAGCUUUUAAAAUGGAGGAUAAAUAUUCGGAAGGCUCUUUCUCCAAUUGGGAAAACCACUUCUACUGCUGUAAACAUUGAUCUGGAGAAUAAGAAUGUGGAUAAAGAGGAGGAUGAGAAUGAGGAUGAGGAUGGGGACGAGGAUGAGAAAGUUCUCAAUGAAAUGGAGCAGUUGACGCAUGAUGUAGAGAGAAAAAAGAAACGUGAAAAGAAAAUUCUUGCGAAGAGGCGGGCUAAGGAUAAAGCACGAAAAGCAACAGGAAUGCAAAUAGAUGCUCUACAAGAUGGUUAUGUUGACAAUGAAUUGUUUUCUCUUGCUUCUAUCAAGGGCAAGGAAGACUUAGCAAUUAUUGAUACUACAGUAGAUGUUGAAGGUGAUGAAUUGGCUGGUAGUGAUGAUGAUGCAGACAAUGAAGCUGAUCAGGAUAGUGAAUCUAGUGAUUUGGAUUCUGAUGAGGAGCAUUCAAGGUAUGAUGAACAACUAGAUAAGGUUCUUGAUGAAGCCUAUGAACGUUUCUUGGCCAAAAAUGAUGGAAGCACAAAGCAGAGGAAGCGUGCAAAGGAAGCAUACUCUGAUGUGCUCACUGUGGAUAGUGAUGAUGAUAAUAAUGACAUAGAUCUUCCAGAUGACGAUUCUGACAAUGAUCAGGUUGAUAAGGAAGCGAAUCCUCUUGUGGUUCCUAUUGAUGAAGAUAGAGAACUAACCCAAGAGGAAAUCAGAAACAGGUGGUAUAGUCAAGACAUUUUCACUGAAGCUGUAGAGGGGGGAGAUCUAGGCAAGGAUAGUAGUGAUGAGGAUGACUUGCAGAUAGCUGUACAAAAGAAGAAAAUUGCCCUCAGAUUCAAAGCUAAAGAUGGGUCAAAGCCUCAUUCUUUGGGCUCAGAAGCACCAAAAAAUAGGGCUGCAAAGUUACAAGAUGAUUUAGAGGUUGUUCCGGCUCCUGUUACUGAUUCAAGCAGUAGCUCAGAUGAUGAAUCUGAGGACUAUGAUACUGACACAAAGUGUGAGGUGUUGGCUGCUGCAAAGAAGAUGCUCAGGAAGAGAAAAAGAGACGAGAUUUUGGAUGAUGGUUACAACAAACGUACAUUUGAUGAUCAGGGCUUGCCUAGCUGGUUUGCUGAAGAUGAAAAGAGGCAUAACCAACCAUUGAAACCUGUCACCAAGGAGGAGAUAGAUGCUGAAAAGGCCCGAUUCAAAGAGAUCAAUGCACGUCCUGCUAAGAAGGUUGCAGAAGCCAAAGCUAGAAAAAAGAGGGCUGCAAUGAGGACUAUGGAGAAGGUACGAAAGAAGGCUAACACUAUCGCCGACCAGAAUGAUCUCCCUGAUCGCUCGAAGUCACGGAUGAUUAAUCAACUCUACAAGAAAGCAGCGACACCCAGAAAGCCUAAGAAGGAAUUAGUUGUUGCUAAAAAGGGGGUCCAGGUUAGGGCAGGGAAAGGAAAACUUCUUGUGGAUAGGAGGAUGAAGAGUGAUGCAAGACAGCAGGGAAUGAACAAACAAAAUAAGAAAGGUUCAGGCAAGGGCAAGGGAGCAGGCAAGGGCAAGGCAGCAGGCAAGGGCAAGGCAGCAGGCAAGGGAUCAGUGAAAGGUUCGGGCAAGGGCAAGGGCUCUAUGAAAGGUUCAAGUAGGAGUGGCGGUAAGGGUAAAAUGUGAGCUAUAUGGGGAUUGUGGAAAAUUCUUUCCAAGGUUUUGACAAUUUUGAAUUUUUGACUUAGUUUUGAACUCCUGGUAAGUACAUUUUUGUAAAGAAAAGAACAUUAAUCUUUUUGUAUUGAGUGGACUAGUGAUAUACGAAAUAUUUAGUGCUUCUAUGAGUCUUGUUCCAGCUUGUCACAUGAAUAUCAUGGCGCUUAAGCAAAAAUGUUUAGGUUUUCUGCAUAAUUUUUAGGUUUAAAUAAAUUGCAACUUUCGUCUUGUGACUCUUGUCUUUUUAUACUUCACACGUUUUAUCUUAUUGUUGCUCACAGCUCACACGAGGAUGGUAUGCUUGGAUUGAGAGAAAUGUAUUACUAGGGGUCUAGGGUAAUAAAAGUCAAAAAAAAAAAAAAAAAAAAAAAAAAA